AUGGUGCAGUUGGAAGGUGAAUUAGUGAAGAACCAAAACCUCGAACUCGACAAAGAUUACCUCGUUCUUGCAAGUAUCGAUUCCUCAUCGGACGACGACGGCCAAUGCGACGAAAACGAUGUCUUCAACACAAGUUGCCACGGAAGUCAUUUCAAACGAAUGAAGGAGGAACCGACACAGUGCGACGAAUAUGCCAUCAAGCGAAGAAAGCUUCACACACAACUAGACUUGAUGAAUUCUAUACUCAUGUCCAUGUCGUUCGGUGGGAACGUUACAUUCUCUGAUGAACUAUUCAGUGACGGUUCUGCUUCACGCAAUAAACGAACAGUGUCAAGGAAAUUGCCAACCAAACGACUGGCCGCACGAAAAACGAAAAGCAACAACCACUGUAGAUAG